AUGCUACGCAAAACACAUAAAAAUGCUAUAAAGUCCUAUACAUUCAAACCAGCACAAGCAAUAUCGCAUCACCCGUUACAGGGAAUCACCACCCAUAUCCCACUCCCGGCACGAGUUUUUGGCAGGACCCGGCGCCAUGGGUCACGAAGCCCAAUGCUGCUCCCUGCUGCCCUCCAGCUGCAUGCGCAGCUCCAUGCGCAGCGUUUCCGGGCUCCAAACGCUUGCACAUACGCCGUUCCGCCGUACGCGGGUGCUCCCGCUCCUGACGCCGCGGUGAAGGCCGCGAAUGUCAACCCCGCCGCAGCCACCGGUCCCAGCGGGACUCGAACCCGCCGCAACCGGAGCGAAGUGCAAAAGCAUUCUGUGCACACGCUUGUGUUCAGAUCAUUGAAGAGAACCCAUGACAUGUUUGUAGCUGAUAAUGCCAAGCCUAUACCGCUAGAUGAAGAAAGUCACAAAGUAAAGAUGUCAGUCAAGCUGCGUACGGAGUACGGCUCGGUGUUGCAUAUGCCCACCCUGAAAGAAAACUUGAGGGAGAAAGGAGGCCCAAACACUGAGGAUCCCUAUGGACAUAAAGAGUAUUCUGGAAAUCAAGGACAAGAACUUGAUUAUAUGAUAACUGGUACACAUCCAUACCCACCUGGGCCUGGUGUGGCACUGACAGCAGAUACUAAGAUCCAGAGGAUGCCUAGUGAAUCUGCAGCCCAGGCAUUAGCUGUAGCACUUCCUCCAUCUCAGGCCAGGUUGGAAGCGAAUCGCACCGCGGCUGGUGUGGGUGACAUCUACAGGCAUGCUGGUGCGGGUGAGCGCUCACAGCCUCCUGGCGUGGCCAUGGCUGUGAUGGAAGCAGGUGGAAACAAAAAUUCGGCGCUAAUGGCAAAGAAAGCUCCAACCAUGCCCAAGCCUCAGUGGCAUCCACCUUGGAAACUGUACAGAGUUAUCAGUGGUCAUCUGGGCUGGGUGAGGUGCAUUGCAGUAGAACCAGGAAAUCAAUGGUUUGUUACUGGCUCAGCUGACAGAACUAUAAAGAUUUGGGACCUUGCUAGUGGCAAAUUAAAAUUGUCUUUGACGGGACACAUCAGUACUGUGCGAGGGGUGAUAGUAAGUGCAAGAAGUCCAUACCUAUUUUCAUGUGGAGAAGACAAACAAGUGAAAUGCUGGGAUCUUGAAUACAAUAAGGUUAUCAGACAUUAUCAUGGUCACCUAAGUGCUGUCUAUGGUUUGGACUUGCAUCCAACAAUAGAUGUCCUGGUGACAUGUAGCAGAGAUUCAACAGCACGAAUAUGGGAUGUGAGGACAAAAGCCAGUGUGCACACGCUAUCAGGGCACACAAAUGCAGUUGCAACAGUGAAGUGUCAAGCUGCAGAACCACAGAUUAUUACAGGCAGUCAUGAUACUACAAUAAGGCUCUGGGAUUUGGUGGCAGGAAAAACUCGUGUUACUUUAACAAACCACAAGAAAUCUGUAAGAGCAGUUGUACUACAUCCAAGACAUUACACAUUUGCGUCUGGUUCUCCAGAUAAUAUUAAACAAUGGAAAUUCCCUGAUGGAAACUUCAUUCAGAAUCUCUCUGGUCACAAUGCUAUUAUCAACACACUAGCUGUAAAUUCAGAUGGAGUUUUGGUCUCAGGAGCUGAUAAUGGUACUAUGCAUCUUUGGGACUGGAGAACUGGAUAUAAUUUUCAGAGAGUACACGCAGCUGUACAGCCAGGUUCCUUGGAUAGUGAAUCAGGAAUAUUUGCUUGCAUUUUUGACCAGUCAGAAAGCAGAUUGCUAACUGCCGAAGCUGAUAAAACCAUAAAAGUGUACAGAGAAGACGAAACUGCGACUGAAGAAACUCAUCCUGUCAGCUGGAAACCGGAAAUUAUCAAGAGAAAACGAUUUUAAUAUGGCUACAUCUGUACACUAUAAGUCUGUUUUGGCUUUCCUGAAAGUACUCAGUCAUGUUAUAUUCUGCCUAGAACAGCAGAGCAGGAACUCAGCUAAAGUCGUUGCUUUUCCAACAUGUUUUAUAAUAAAUUUUAUUUC